AUGGCGUUUACCCAGAUGGCGCCUAACUUCUUCCGGUAUUUCUUGGGUUGCUGGGUCCGAGCUCAGGAGGAAGGUCUCGAAUUUGGUCUCGGGGAGUUGAGGCAAUUAUUUGCCAUAAAGCGAAACAACGGCUUCCCUGGCACGAUGAUUCUUGCUCCUCGAGGUGGUCGUGGUAUCAUCGAAGGCAUUCCUAAUAAGGAUGAUCGAUGGAGGGAGAAGUUCUUCGUUUUUAAGAUAAACUCGGCGUCGGAAGGAGACUUCGAUUUCGAGAGGAUCCCUCGGGAAUGGUCCGACGAUAUUGACCCUUUUGAAUCUGCGCCUAUGUCUCCCGAGCUUCGUGGGUUAAUGGAGACUUUGCGUCGAGGUAGCACUCGAUGGCUCUCCUUUUCUCCUGACCGAAUUCGAGCCGCCUGCGCUCUCCCACCGGGUGCGAAUCAUGCUACUCUUAUCGCCUUGGUGGCCCCUGUUCGGCCCAAGAGAGGCCGGGGCACCAAAAGGAAGAAGGAGAAAGAGGGGUUGCUCGAUCGUCCUGACGAAUCUUCUGAGGCCGGGUCAUUAGAGCGAGCUCGGAAAGUCCAGCGGGGGCAGGUCCUUAGACCGAGGUCGCAGGCUCAGUCUCGUGGUCUUCUUGCUAGUCCAGUUUCGGUCGCUAUUCCAUCUGGUGGAGCUCGUGAGGCACCGGAUACUUCGGCGUGCUCUGCUGGUGAUCGAGCUCUUAAUGACGAGAUCGAUUCGUCAUCUCAUCGAUCUCGACGUCGGGUAUUGGAGGAGAUUAACUCUGUGACUUCGGGAUCGUCGAGCCCGAGACUUUCUCCGCCGUUACGUGCUUCUGGUGAAGGCAAUUCGCGGGUUAACCCCGGUGUCUUUACUUCGAGCGUGCCCGAAGCUUUUUCGUGGUCGUUUGCGUAUGACAGCGAGAUCCCUAUCCUUGAGAACCCCGACUCCCUUGCAGCGAUUUGGUGUAAGGUCAGAGCAGAAGGAUGCAAGCUACCUUCUUUGGAGCACAUGCGAGAGCGCGAUACCUAUGUUCGGAUGGCGGUCGCAAAUGCCAAGGCUAUGGAGGCAAGCAACGAUUAUGCCACUUUAAUGGAGGGACGAUUGGCAAAUUUUCCUAGUAAGGAAGAGAUUGCGGGUCACAUUCUCACGAUCCAACAGCUUUGGGGUGAGUUGGAUGCUGCUCGGGAGGCAGAGAGACAGCGCGAAGUGGAGAUUGAGGAAUUGAAGAAGAAUUUGGCGGCUGCUAAGGCAGAAAAGGUCGUUGUUCAGAGCGACCUUGACUCGAUGAACGAGAAGUAUAGGCGAGAGAUCGAAGGUCAGGAUAGGAAAGCUCGCAAAGAUCUCCAUCUAGUUCGUGUCUCUCUUGCGAAGGAGUUCGAGGGGGUUUUGGCUGUGGUCAAGGGUAAGUUGGAGCAGAAGAAGAAAGAAACGGCCGCGGAGAUUCUUUUGCAAGAGACGCGAGCUCGUAUUGAGGCUUUGACCGAGUAUAGUGAGGGCGGCUACGAGCUCGAGCUGAGUUGGAGCGUCUUAAAGACCUGGAGGAUUCGCUCGACGUCGAUUACGGUCUUGCUUCGGUGUCAGACCCUUCUCUUGGUCAUCUCGAUCUCCCCGAGAUCUCCGGAGACUCGGUCAGCCAGGAUUGAUGUGAGAGUUAUUUCGAUUUAG